GUGAGAGAUGCAGCUCGCACUGGCUCCUUCCCCUCCGUCUCUUAUUGUUGCAUUUUUGGCGAUAUUUUCUUUUUUCAUAUAAUUUUAACGUCAAAACAGACAAUGGCCUAAUUACUUUGCAAGUAAACUACGGGGACCAGCUGCAAGGGGUGGGGACAAAAAACAUAGUACUGUACAGACGCGAGUGUUGGAGAGGAUGGCUGUGUGUGGAGCGGCGGACGGAGUGGAGGUGUGGUCCAGCUCUGACGCCGAAGACGACAACUUCGUCUUCGUCACAGGAAAUGUUGUAGUGGAGGAGAGUGAAAAAGCUGUCGAAGGCUCAGUCCAGGCCGGGGGCACACUAUACACCUCAGAUCACCGAGACCCUACACUCACCACACCCCCAGCACAUACACAGUCCGUCAGCUAUUCAACCAUUAUCAAGGGAGGUCAAGACGAGGAUACUAUCCAUUUUGAGGUCAACCAUUUUGCGGAAUCCCUGCCAGAGCAGUGGCCACCUCUCCCUCAGCCAGCACCCAGAGCUUUUCUCCAACGCCACGAACCUGAGACACCAUCAAGCCUUCAGCGUCAUCAAGCGUCUCCCGGUAUGACGGAGAAGCAGCAGGUGGUAAAGGAGGAGCCCCUCUCGUGCACCAUCCACCGCCACUCCUGUGAUGAGGACUGUCUCAGCUGUUACUCACAUGGCGGUGACUGGUGGCUGUUGUCUGAUAGUGAGGACGAGAGUCUGGACGCCUGUAUCAACAGGCGAGGCUGGACCAAACGCUUCGGGGCGAGGAAGAAAGGCGCCAAGUUCCGCCACAACCACCGCUGCUGAUUCUGGUGAGGCGGAGAGGUGUGAGGAGGAGGAUGGGUGGUGCUGGGUGGAGACGGAGGAGGACAACACACUCCUCACUAACAAAUAUAACUCUUACCAAGUGAACCAUCAAGUUGCCGAAGAUGACGACGUCCAGGAGCUAAACCCAGACGGUGAAGAUAACUCCCCCCAACACAUACACGAACAACAACAAGAAACAACACUGAGUUAUACAGACACAACCAAGCAGGACACAGCGUCUCCCCAGGGUGUGGCCGACAAGAACCAGUGUGAGUUGACGAUGACUGCAGAAGACACUUGUGCUCCGGCCUCUUGGCCAUCUUAUGAAGAAGACUUGGAUGAGGACGAGGACCAGAUGAUGACCUACAGCGACCCUGACAAUAUUCUGGAUAUUUACCUUGAUAAUCGAGCCAACACGAGGGUGAAGUUCGACUUGUUGGGUAACCGCGCCCGCCACAAGUACUCUAAGGCCAAUUUUAAGGAAAACUGGAAAGUAACCCCCAUCUACCCUUACUGAGGUGUGUCCCUGCUAGUGCCUCUCACACCUCUAUACUAAAGUUACAUCGUGUGACGUGGCGGGAAUCUUUAGAAUGAUCAAUUGGUUAAUAUACGUCACAUCAUUCACUGUAAACAAUGCUCAUUAGAAGUGCCUAAUAAAUGGCUCAUGCAA